AUGAAGGGACACACCCUCAUGGGACAAUUAAUGUUGGAAGCGGGACGCAGUUCUAGGGGCAGCAAGAUUAACUGCCCCGCUGAGCUGAAGGCAAGAGCGGAGGCCCUGCUGCACCCGGCCUCACCCCUGGUGGAGCUCCAUCAGUGCUGGGCGCAGCAGGGCCUGAUGACAAUCGAGGGAGUGGUUGUUGAGGUCAGUAUGAACUUCUGUGUAUCUGGGCAAUUAAAAACAUGACAAAUCACAAGAAAAAAAUGCAUUUUCAAAUAUAUGAAUUACUAAAAACUGAAUUUUCUCCUGUUUAGCUGUCAGCUGUGAGAAGAGUGGUGUCGGGCAAAGAGGCUGUGCCCUUGAGAAAGAUUCUCCUGAAGCAGGUAACUGCAGCAGCAAAAAUUGUUGGUACCUUCCUGUUUGAUAAAGAAAAAGUCAUAGAAGUCACUGAAAUAACCUGAAAAUGACAAAAGUAAAAAUAAAAAUGUCUGUGUAUGUUUAUCUGCUUAAUCAUACAUGUACAAUGUAUGAACCAUGAUGAAAUAAUACUUGAAUUAAUGCAGAUGUGUCAUUUAGCCUGUUUCUCACUUUACACAAGUGAGUCUGUCACUUUGAAUUCAUGUGAUUAGUUUACACACUAAAUAGAUCAAACAAUUAUGCAGAUUUAUAGCAAAUUCAUACAUGCAUUGAUAGGACUUAAUCAGCUUGGUAUUGAAUUUCCCCUUAGGGAUAAAGAGAGUUCUUCCUAUCUUAUCUUUCUCAGACAAAACUGUUAAUGUUAGCACCAUGCAUCUGCUCAGCCCCUCUGAUUUAAAUGAGACAAGAGCCCGUGGUAUUUCUAGUGUUACAUGUAUUGGUGUCUACAGACAAUAAGGUGUUCCUUUAUGUUUUACAGGACAAAGAAACAAUGAAAGCCUCCCUGUGGAGACCAGUGGCAGUGGAGACCCUGGUCAUUGGGGAGACGGUGAGAAUCACCCAUGUGAAAUCCGUGAAGACGGAGUAUGGAGUGCAAGUUAACACGACCAGUUUCACAAAAGUUGAGGUAAUUUGUUGUCUUUGUUUAAAUGUAAACACACUUGCUGAAAACUAUAGCCCCCAUUUUGUCCUUUACAAUUGGUAGUUCACAGAAUCACAACAACGUAACUAGGUUUGAAAAGAGUUUAAUUAAUCAACAAUUGAUAUAAAGAUGGACAAAAUUGUUGGCACCCUUAUGUCAAAGAAUGAUAAACACACAUAAAUUCGCACAAAAUAGUGUUUGCCUUUUUGUGAUUUCUUUUAUUUUUGCAUAUUUUUCACACAUCUAAGUGUAUCUAAUAAUCAAACAAAUUUCUAUGUAAGUCAAAGAUAGCUUAAGUAAAUAAUUAAACAGUUUUUAAAAGUGUCAAAGCCAGUAUGUUGUAGCAAUCAAGACAACCCUGGGUGUGAAUCUCACACAUUCCUCACAGGAAAGUUUCCUUAUCUGGUCCCAGGACACAUGAUAUAAAUCUUUCCAGACAUGUUUACACUUUCAGGUUGCCUAAGUGACCCAACCGGAGGUUGACUUAACCUCUGACUCUUCAUGAUUGGUCAAUUCGGAGAACAGAGACAGAGUUUUUAUUACCUUUCAAACUGACUCCAUUUGCUGACCAUCUAAAUAAACAUUAACAUCUCAACCCAGAUCUCCCAUUUGAGAUUUACCUUCUUAAAGUGUGUGAACAUACGGACCCCAGGAUAAGGGGGGACACUGACCUCCAGACCUCGGUCGUAAAACCCUGCUCGACCAUGCACUGAUAAAGACUACAUUCCUUUGGUGAAAGAAUACAAAUGACUGAUCCUGACAUCUUAUGCAUUCAGCAAUGUACUAAUCUGUCUAAUCAUGAAAUUUGUGUUAAAAUGAGAUGUUUCCCAUUUUUCUAUGUGCUCCAGAAGCCGAGUUAGACCAACAGCUUUUCAGACUGUUUCAUGAACUGUUAAGAGUUAAAUUUAUCGACUAUGAAUCAUAACUUAACUCUAGGUAACAGAAACAGUUUAGAAAUGUUUGGUUUAUAUUGUAGAUGUUUAUUUAGUAUUUUUAACCAUUAGGUGGUUAUAAUGUCAUUGAAUAAUCUGAAUGUGAGUAUUUAGAAUCCAUUAUUAAUCAUGAUGAAGUUCAUUCACAUGUAUUUACUCUUUUGUUGUUCACAGUUUCCAUGUGUUACUAUCUGUUUCAUUUCAGAGUAAUUUAGCAUGUUCAAUAUGAUACUUAAAACGUAAUGAGAAUGUUUGAUGUGAUCCUACACUUCAUUCAUAUGUGUUUAGUGUCAAAUUAUUUAUCAUGAAACCAAGUAUUCAAUGAUAUUAAUCAUAGUGAGUGAGUAUCAGAUCUGACUCUUUUACCAGCCAAAAGUAUAAGUUAGAUCAAAUAAUCAGAGAUCCGAGUUCAUCUCUGCUUGGAGACCACACAACCCCUCCUCCUCUUUCUCCUCACACCCACAUGCCGGAGACACACCCAGUGUGAGAAGAUAAAACCAGUGAAGUGGGGUUGCUCACUCUCUUGUCCAUCUCUUAUGCUUCUGCUCUUGUUCACUCUUAUUGCUUCUGUUCUUGUACCCGGCUCUUAUGCCCCUUCUCUUCUGCCCACACCCUUCUGUGGUGCGUUUCUUUGUUUUCUCUUAGAACUUUUUCUUAGUCUUCUAAGUUUUACGCCACGUGUUGAUUCACGUUGAUUUUUCUUUAACAUCGUCUUAGUACAAGUUUUGAAACUUCAACUUUUUGUGCACAUAGCAAUCCAAGAUUAAGCCUUUGAUUGACUUUUCUUUAAUUUCGCGAAGCCAUUUUUGAAAGUUUUCUCUGCUCGAGUCUCGUUUUUCUGAGUUAUCUGCGUGAGUUCAAAGUCACCUCUGAACGCAACCCAGCAGGCCCAGGUCAUCCUCUGUGCCAGAGUUUUUGAGUGAGACCAAAGAAGUACCCAAACGAGCAUCCACAGGAUCCACAGGCGCUGGCUUUGCUUCGGGCCCGAGUGCUGCAACUCCUGGCUCAUCCUUCGGCUGACUUCAGUCGUCUUCUGAGCUGAACCGCUCGAACCGCCAGUAGCCCCGGACCUUCGGAACCUGCUCCAUCUUCUCCAAGGACCAGUCUCACUUAAGUAUGCAAACCUCCAGAGCUCCAAAGAGGGCUGGUGCUGUCUCCUGCGUUCAUAACUCAGAUAUCCACUUAUUCUGGUAAUCUUAGAUUCCUCCAGAUCCACAUCCGAGUUUAUCUCGACACCAAAGUUAGUGUAGGUUAAUAUGUUAGCGCAUAUUCACUCACUAUCAUUAACUUUAGUGCUCCUAGCCUGACUAAGAAUCUUUAUUUAUUCACCUAUUAUUAUUUUAUCCUCAUUAUCUUAUCAUCAUUUAUUGCAUGUAUGUUGUACCAUCAUUUAUCCUGUAAUAAACAGAUCAUUAUUUUCCUAAGUCCCUGUGUGUUAGUGUUCUUCCAGAAGUGGAGUCCCUGAAAUUAGAAUUUCGACUUAAGAUAUGAGACUAAUUAAUUAAAACUGACUUGAUGUUUGAUUUCUGAAUUAAAUUUUUGUUUUCUUUAUUUUCCCACCAUUAAGGGUGGGUGGUGCCCCUUUCAACGAGUGCAUAAAUGUCAUAAUUUGAGAUUAUUAAUCUUCAGACAUUUAUUAUAAAUUCCAAUCGCUACAGUAUUAGUUUGGUGCGGCCUUGUGAGGCUCAUUUCAAAUCGCUACAUAUAUUUUGGUGCGACCGUGUGAGGCUCAUUUCAACCGCUACGUAUAUUUUGCUGCCCCUGCGUGAGGCGUUUCAAACAAAACUUCUGGAUACUAACAGACAACCUAAAACUUAGCCUUCCAAAUUGAUGAGAGAAACUUAUCUCCAGGCUAUUUUAGACUUAAUCACAAUCAAUGCUAUGCUUGCUGAAGUUACUUGACUAAGUUCUGAUGUUUUCCUGAUCUAUGCAUAAAACCUUUAUGCUCUGUGUUUCACACACUUUGGUACUACAUGCCUGUAGUCUGUGUUUGAGCUGGACAGCGUGAAAUGUUGGUCUGAGUAGCAGUGAGACUGCUUCUUCUGCUCGGUCUAGACUGUCCAAUAUUUAAGUGCACGAUUGUUGCGUCGCCGUACGCUUGUAUUUAAGGCCUUUGGCUGAACCCAGUGUUCGCGAUGCUCCGAGCUGUGGUUUCAAGCCCCUGAAGUCUCUGUAGUCUGCUACGAGGUUCUAGUAACUAUAUGGGAUUCAGAUUUCCUCCUUUCCCCUGACAGAUUAGCUACCUGUCACAGGAAACCACUGUAACAGUGGGAGGUUGUUGUUUGAAUGAAUUCAGACAAAAUUCGUGAUCACAAAUCGCCGCAUUUGUGAUUUUAAAGUCCGCAGUUGAAUCUGCUGUUUAAGGAUUUGUCACUUCGAUUCUUGUUCCUGUAAAUGAUUCUAUUGAACCAAUCUGCCUGAGCAGAUGGUGUAAAGUUCUAUGCUUGAGGGUGCAGACGCAUCCUGCUGUGAAAUGUUAACCCUUUGUUGUCAGUGGAGAGACUGACCAUUUGGCCUUAAGCAGAUAAGGCCCUUCGAGGAGGCAGAGCCUAAAGGCCCCUUCCUUCAUACUUCCCAACUUCACACAGCCACAAGAGGCUAGUUGGAUGACUGUUUCCUCUUUUCUUCUUCUUCUCCACUUGUGUUGAGCUUGUGCAGUUAUCCCAACUCCAUACUGCCCCACAUGGUUGCUUUUGGUAUUGAGCUAACACUGCUAUUAUCUGCCUGCAGUAUCAGCCAACUGUACUGCCUCCCUGUAGUCAGUGUGUAACACUCUACAGACAUAAUUCAAGUGAUUGACUUGGUUGAUAAAGUUUGAUGUGCUUAUUCUAAAUCAUUGAUCAUUGAUUUUUGAUUUUUAUCUUUGUUAUAAGAGCCUACAUAAUGCAUUGAUGAAGUAACUCCUUGAAUCAAUCACCUGAUCUUGUUGUUACUUAUCACACCAUUGAGCAGUUUUACUGUUCCCUAUAAUACAUGAAUGUAUUAACCCUCCUCAUAAGAUUAAUUAAUUAAUGAACAAAUUAAUUAAUAUUUGAAAUUUCUUUUAACAUCCCAGAUAUAUUUGGUAGUUGAACCUUUGGAUUAAUUGCAAUUUGUGAAUUAAUUUCAGAGUUAAUUCCUUAAAUUGACAAUUUCAUCGAUUUUUCCCAAUUCAUCCAACUGCAGCAGGCAGUUUAUUUAAGCUUUGCUGAUCUCUGCAACACGGAGACAAACCGAACCCUUUAUUCAAUGGUUCUGUAUCUGAUGUUAAAUUUAAUUUAACAUUAUUUCUCCUUGUUUCAUUUCAAUUUUCAUUGAAAUGAAUUUAACUUAAUGUUAUUUUUCUCUCCAUUAGAUAUCUACUCAGAUAGGCUCUUCCUCUUUAUCAAGCACUGAUAAAUUAAGUCGAUUAACCCACUUAAUUUGAUAUCUUGCUUCUUCCUUUCAUUUUAAGUCAACUCAAACUCAUCAACCAACCACCUGCACCUCUUUACCAAAACCAAACAUGCCUAACACAAAAGAGUCCAGCCAGGGAGACCCCCUGAGGGACAUACACACAGUGUUAGCAAACUUAACUAGUCAGCUGAUACCUCAGUACAUGACUAAGAUUCAAAAGGCCAAACCCUCCAAUCCGGAGGAUGCAAUGGCUGACUUACUGGAAACAGCCUUAACCACGACACUUCUUGACAAAGAGCUCACUAGAUGCAUGUCUGUCGUGAUGUCUUCUCAGCUUGAGUAUAAAGACUACUUGCUGGAAUGCGUUUUAGCAAAGAUAAAGGCGCAAAAAGACGAAAACAGCGCUCUGAAAAAGACGCUAGAGGAGACUAAGGAGUCUCUAAGUGUUUUAGAAAAACACAGUGCCAGAUGUGAAGCGUCAAAGCUUCCCUCACUGAUAAGUCAUGAAGAAAAUCUUGAUCUCAAAGACAAGAUUGAAAGACUUAAUGAAACCCUUUACAAAAAGGAGAAAGAACUUGAUGACACGAAUAAGCAGCUUGCUAAGACCACAGAGGAUCUGAUACAGUCAGAAUCCGUACUAGAGCAAGCAACAGAAGAUGUAAAAACUUUGAAAGCACUGGUCAAAGUGUGUGCUGAAGCUCUUGAAGUUAAGGAGAAGCAAACUUCUACCUUACAGCACCAGAUCCAGAUAGCUCAAAGACAGUUAAUUCUUUGUCAAGAACGGCAAGAAAAGACAGAAAAAGAACUUGAAGAUGCCCAAAGAAAGUAACAAUGCUCCCUCCAGUCAGGUCGAGCCCAAAGAGAACGCAUGGAGCAAACGUUUCUUGAAGAAAUGAUAGGUGAUCAGCCUCCUGAGAGAGCGCCAUCACUUCCUUCCAAACCAACUCUUAAGUAUCUCUCUCAGCAUCAUGACAGGACCCUGCUUGACCCUGAGAGGUCAUCCUUAAACCAAGAGUCCUACUCUCCUCCUCAUGAUGGCUUCUUACCAUUUCCCUCAGACAGGGAUCUUGACAAAAUUGCUCGCAACAUAGCACGCUUUGAACCUGAGCACCAAGCCGCUACUGACACCUGCACCUACUUGAAAGACAUUGAUUUUUACCUGAGGAAAUUUCCAGGUGCAACCAUUGAUGACAAAAUCUACCUUAUUAAGGCGACGUCAAGUCGAGAGGUUAGCAGUUUCCUUGAACGACAGCCUUAUCAUGUCAGAAACAAUUAUGACUUGCUCUGCCAAGCAUUAAUCGAAGAGUUUUCUGAUCAUUUGACCCAGACAGGCCUCUCUGCUGCUCUGUCUAUUAAACAAGGGAGAUCAGAAUCUCCCCGACAGUAUUACAACCGCUUACGCAAAGCUUACUUUGGUUUCCGAAAUGAACCAGAAAUGGAGGAGGACUUGAACUUCAAAACGCUGUUCGUCCAGAACCUCCACCCUACCACCAGUCAUCACCUUGGCGUCUUAGCUUGUCCAAACACUUCGACUAGCCGACAGCUUCGUGAACUUGCUGUAAAAGGUUUUGCCAAACAACGACAAACUUUGGCUAAGAAAGCAGAGUCCGUUACUCACUUGGCUAUGGAGACAAAAUCACUGCCCAUGGAGCUGAACGAAGCUUCAGACUGUGUAUUUUCAGGCUCCGAUAAGCCUCCAAAUGAGUGGUUAACCAGGCCUCCAAAACCUUUUCGACCUCAACAAACUCACAAGGGUCAAAGUUACACACCAAGGCCCAGGUCUGACACAGACCAAUGCCAGGUAAACUUUGAGACCAACUGUUGCGAUCCAGACUCCCGUCACGGUGGGUUGUGUGCCAGACAAAGGAAAAACCAUCAACACCGCCAAAGGGGGGUGAAUGACUGGCAGGAUCAGAGUAAAUCACACUCUCAGAAACGACGAUCUUAUUAUCCACCUCAAUCGGUUUCAUCCACUUUGAAGGUGAAUAAACAUGACUACUCAGCUAACCACUGAGAUUAACACUGUGGAGUCAUGAAGGUGUGAGUCCUGCGAAAGCAGAAGUCACCCAGCCAAAGCUAAAUGACUCCAAUAAGAUAUCCAAAUGCUGUGGUGAUACAUUGAUGACUGCAAUCCCAGUUGCUGCUUUCUUUGUUAGCAUUUGUCUCUCCUCUGUCAAUAUAGUCAGCUUGUCAGCUGUCAAAUAUCCCAUGAACAGAUUAAAACCUGAAAUUUCUGUCAUUAAGACUCAGAUUGACAAAUUUCAGACUUAAUAGCAGAUAAUUAGUCAAACCGAUAAGAGCAUCAUCCCCAAGUUUAACAGACAAAGUUUAAGAGAAACUCUGUGCAGUAAACUUUUGAUGUUUGUGAUUCAGGUUGACUAUGCUCAUACACAGAUGGUUAAUAUGUCUUUAGCAGACAUUUCUUUUCCACCUAAGUCUUAACCAUUUUUGAAACUGAAAUUGAACUUUCAGACUUCUCCAGCAAGCAUGAAAAACAGCUAUAGCUUUAGAUCCAGUUAGCAUUCAGACUAAAGAGUGCUUUUCUAAGUCUCAUUAAUAUUGAAAAUUAGGAGAUUUUCUUUCACAUUAGUCUACCAAUAGUUAACUGAGAAGAGUCUAACAACUAGACGAUUUUAUUUGAUAGCUUAAUGCAUGUUUAAUUUUAUCUCCAAGCAGUACUAGUGAUUCACAUAGUGAUGAUAAGACGCAUCAGUCCUAUUUGCAUACACCUGCUGCUGCUGCUGCUGCUUCAUGGUUGUCUACUCGUCGUCCCGAUGCUCCAUGGACAGGACCACCGUGACGAAGGGGGGACUGUAGCAAUCAAGACAACCCUGGGUGUGAAUCUCACACAUUCCUCACAGGAAAGUUUCCUUAUCUGGUCCCAGGACACAGGAUAUAAAUCUUUCCAGACAUGUUUACACUUUCAGGUAGCCUAAGUGACCCAACCGGAGGUUGACUAAACCUCUGACUCUUCAUGAUUGGUCAAUUCGGAGAACAGAGACAGAGUUUUUAUUACCUUUCAAACUGACUCCAUUUGCUGACCAUCUAAAUAAACAUUAACAUCUCAACCCAGAUCUCCCAUUUGAGAUUUACCUUCUUAAAGUGUGUGAACAUACGGACCCCAGGAUAAGGGGGGACACUGACCUCCAGACCUCGGUCGUAAAACCCUGCUCGACCAUGCACUGAUAAAGACUACAUUCCUUUGGUGAAAGAAUACAAAUGACUGAUCCUGACAUCUUAUGCAUUCAGCAAUGUACUAAUCUGUCUAAUCAUGAAAUUUGUGUUAAAAUGAGAUGUUUCCCAUUUUUCUAUGUGCUCCAGAAGCCGAGUUAGACCAACAGCUUUUCAGACUGUUUCAUGAACUGUUAAGAGUUAAAUUUAUCGACUAUGAAUCAUAACUUAACUCUAGGUAACAGAAACAGUUUAGAAAUGUUUGGUUUAUAUUGUAGAUGUUUAUGAAUCAUAGGUGGUUAUAAUGUCAUUGAAUAAUCUGAAUGUGAGUAAUUAGAAUCCAUUAUUAAUCAUGAUGAAGUUCAUUCACAUGUAUUUUUACUCUUUUGUUGUUCACAGUUUCCAUGUGUUACUAUCUGUUUCAUUUCACAGUUAUUUAGCAUGUUCAAUGUGAUACUUAAAACAUAAUGAGAAUGUUUGAUGUGAUCCUACACUUCAUUCAUAUGUGUUUAGUGUCAAAUUAUUUAUCAUGAAACCAAGUAUUCAAUGAUAUUAAUCAUAGUGAGUGAGUAUCAGAUCUGACUCUUUUACCAGCCAAAAGUAUAAGUUAGAUCAAAUAAUCAGAGAUCCGAGUUCAUCUCUGCUUGGAGACCACACAACCCCUCCUCCUCUUUCUCCUCACACCCACACGCCGGAGACACACCCAGUGUGAGAAGAUAAAACCAGUGAAGUGGGGUUGCUCACUCUCUUGUCCAUCUCUUAUGCUUCUGCUCUUGUUCACUCUUAUUGCUUCUGCUCUUGUACCCGGCUCUUAUGCCCCUUCUCUUCUGCCCACACCCUUCUGUGGUGCGUUUCUUUGUUUUCUCUUAGAACUUUUUCUUAGUCUUCUAAGUUUUAUGCCACGUGUUGAUUCACGUUGAUUUUUCUUUAACAUUGUCUUAGUUCAAGUUUUGAAACUUCAACUUUUUGUGCGCAUAGCAAUUCAAGAUUAAGCCUUUGAUUGAUUUUUCUUUAAUUUCGCGAAGCCAUUUUUGAAAGUUUUCUCUGCUCGAGUCUCGUUUUUCUGAGUUAUCUGCGUGAGUUCAAAGUCACCUCUGAACGCAACCCAGCAGGCCCAGGUCAUCCUCUGUGCCAGAGUUUUUGAGUGAGACCAUAGAAGUACCCAAACGAGCAUCCACAGGAUCCACAGGCGCUGGCUUUGCUUCGGGCCCGAGUGCUGCAACUCCUGGCUCAUCCUUCGGCUGACUUCAGUCGUCUUCUGAGCUGAACCGCUCGAACCGCCAGUAGCCCCGGACCUUCGGAACCUGCUCCAUCUUCUCCAAGGACCAGUCUCACUUAAGUAUGCAAACUUCCAGAGCUCCAAAGAGGGCUGGUGCUGUCUCCUGCGUUCAUAACUCAGAUAUCCACUUAUUCUGGUAAUCUUAGAUUCCUCCAGAUCCACAUCCGAGUUUAUCUACACCUACACUAACCAAAGUUAGUGUAGGUUAAUAUGUUAGCGCAUAUUCACUCACUAUCAUUAACUUUAGUGCUCCUAGCCUGACUAAGAAUCUUUAUUUAUUCACCUAUUAUUAUUUUAUCCUCAUUAUCUUAUCAUCAUUUAUUGCAUGUAUGUUGUACCAUCAUUUAUCCUGUAAUAAACAGAUCAUUAUUUUCCUAAGUUCCUGUCUGUUAGUGUUCUUCCAGAAGUGGAGUCCCUGAAAUUAGAAUUUCGACUUAAGAUAUGAGACUGAGUAAUUAACACUGACUUGAUGUUUGAUUUCUGAAUUAAAUUUUUGUUUUCUUUAUUUUCCCACCAUUAAGGGUGGGUGGUGCCCCUUUCAACGAGUGCAUAAAUGUCAUAAUUUGAGAUUAUUAAUCUUCAGACAUUUAUUAUAAAUUCCAAUCGCUACAGUAUUAUUUUGGUGCGGCCUUGUGAGGCUCAUUUCAAAUCGCUACAUAUAUUUUGGUGCGACCGUGUGAGGCUCAUUUCAACCGCUACAAUGUUGAGUAAAUACAGGAACUAUGUUAGUCUCAGUCUUGGUAUGUUUGUUUUGUGAACAAAUGUGAAUCAACAUGGUCUUUUCUGUUUGUUUUGUGGUUUUUAAAAAUGAAAUAAAUAAAUAAAUAAUAAAUAAAUGAAAAAAAAAAUGAGAUAAUGAACUGUAAAAAGCAUGUUGGCCUGCAGCUCUUGUUUAUUCUUUAUAAUGUGUUUAGUUGAUUAAUAUCUUAUGAAAGAGGGACAGACUCUAUAAGAUUUUUCUUCUCUCUGCUCCUUUUCAUUCACGUUUAUGAUUUUUCCUUGUUUGUAUUGAAUGUUUUAAAUAUUAACUGAAUGAAAUAAAAUAUGAAGUGAUAAAUAUAAAAUACAUAUUUUAAAUAAGGAUUUUAUCUGAGGGGAAAAGAAAUUUAUCUAUACCUACCUGACCCUAUGUGAAAAAGUAAUUGAUCCCCCUUGCUAAAUCAUCAACUAACUGUGAUAAAACUCAUUUUAUUCAAAGGAUUCGAAAGAGUUUUAUUUGUCAUUCCAGUCUACAAGAGAAAAGAAUGAAACUAGAACUGAGGACCCGGUAUCAGCCAUAAGACUGAAUAUGUAAAAACUAAUCAAAAACAGUACACACUAGGGUACAGAGCAGACGACUUAUUGAAGUGCAAACAGGCUUUUGUGCAAGACAGAAUACAGUAAGGUGCAACUGAAUGGAGGUAAGUUGACAUUGUUCCACAUGUGGUGUCCGAGGGUGUGGAGCUUCUGCGCCGGGGUGUGUGGGAUGAUGGUAAUGAAGGCAGAAGGGAAGUCAAUGAAGAGCAGGCGUACUGAUGAGGAUUUACAUACCCAGACCUGAUUACUGCCAGAACUGAUGAAUCAAGUCAGGUUCUGACCAAACUGGAGGAGGGUAAAAGAAGCACGUUGUGGUCUAAAAAAAAAUUAAGGAGCAAAUGAGAAACAAAAUCAUUGACAUCUAUCAGUUUGCCAAGAGUUAAGGAGGGUUAAAACUGCAUUUAUAUUUACUCUAGUCAUCUUAGACUAACAAUAUAACAAUGUUGAUGAUCAGUCACAACUAAGUGAGAAAAAUAUGCUAAAAUAUAAGAAAUAAGGAAGAGGACAAAUACUUUUUUACAUGUUAUUCUUAAGAGUUUUUAGCUGUGUGUUUGGAGGACCAAGAAUGACUAAGGAAAAAAUACUGGAGUAUUCUGAAGUGGUCUCCUGAGUUUUGAUCUGAAUCCUAUUGGAAGGAGCUGAAACAUGCAGUCUCAUGACGACAAACCUGAAAGCACUGGAAUAUUUUGCUCUCCAGGAGUGGGCCAGUAUACCCGUGGCCAGGUGUACAGGUCUCUCUGAGAGUUACAGAAAAUGAUUGCAGUAAAUGCCACAAAAGGUUUUGCAACAUAGAAUAAAGUUAAAGGUUCCAUCAAUUUUGUCAACUUUCUCUAGUACCAAGAUGGGCAGGGCCUCAGGACAAUAAUAAUCACAAUAUUAAUUAAUAUUGGGCCAUUGUUACAGAGAAAAAAACACAAUCCAAAUACUCUGAUUCCUGACUUGUGUUUGCUUAAUUUGUCAACAGAAACUGCAGACCACUCAAGAGAUCACCAUCCUUGGUGUCCUCAGAGACAAAGGGGCCACAUGCAGCACCAGCUCUCCUGAUCUGUGCCAUGAGGUCUUGCUGGACAACGGGGAGACACUCCAAAUACAGGAGACUCUUUGGGAGCCCUCAUUUGAGGAAGCUGUCAAGGAGGGCCCACUUAAAGUGAAAGUGUCUGUGCAUAGCAAAAUGAUCACAGCCAUCAAAGCUUUGUAA